AGCCACUGGGCUCGCUGCCGCUUCUUGGUCGCGGCGUCGGUGAGGUCUGGGUGUCCGCCGCACCCCACCAGCCAUGGCGCCGGCCAUGUCGAAGAGGAACGCCGCCCUGAUGGCGGGGGGCGCGGCUCUCGGGUUGUGGAAGGCCGGUUGCGCCUUCGCCCCGACCGUCCAGGGCACCCCGACGAGGUCGCUGGCGGAGGCCCGCGGCAUGCGCGGCGCGGCGGCCGCCGCCCCGGAGGGCCCCGUGUCCGCAGGCGCCGCCGCUGCCCUCGCCUGCGGCGCCGCCUCGGUGGCCCUGGCUGCCUCCGCCGCCCGCCGCUCCAAGCAGGUCGCCCCUGUCGCGCGCUGCGCCUUCGAGAGCGAGCUCGGAGUCCAGGCGCCCGUGGGCUACUGGGACCCCCUGAACAUGGCGGCCGACGGAGACGCGGAGGACUUCGCGCGGAGGCGCGAGUCGGAGCUCAAGAACGGCCGCGUCGCCAUGUUCGCGUGCAUGGGCUACAUCGUGCCUGAGUACUUCAAGUUUCCCGGCUACUUGGCGCCCUCUUCGGACUUGAAGUUCGUGGACGUUCCGAAUGGCCUCGCGGCCAUCAGCAAGGUCCCUGCCGAAGGCUGGCUGCAGUGGCUCGCCCUGUGCGGCUUCUACGAGACCUGCGUGAACGGGGAGUCCAAGCCCGGCGAGCCGGGCAACUACGGCAGGGGCCCCCCCCUCGCCCGGCCGAGGACGCCGAGGGGCGCAAGAGGUCCCUGAACUCCGAGAUCGCCAACGGGCGCCUGGC